GUGAGCCUUGGCGUGGAUUCGGCGCGUCAACACCACUGCUCUAGCGGUGACCCGCCGUCACAGACGAGUGGGACCCCUAGCGGGACCCACGGGGACGGUGGCGGGCAUGGAGGGAGAGGGCGAGUUGUUUUGUGAAGGAAGGGCAGACACAGGAGGAUUCUUGGGAGGAGAUGCUUACGCUUGGAAGGAUUUGGAGCGUCCGGAUAGUUACGGCAGCCGAGGUGGGUCGACAAGUAAGGAGGUUGAUUAUGGGGGUGGAGGUGGCGGGAGAAUUUGGUUGAAGGUGGAGGAUAUGGUUGACCUUGAUGGGGUGAUUAGUGCUGAUGGUGGCAAUGGAGGUGCUAAUGGUGGCGGGGGAUCCGGAGGGAGCAUUUAUAUCGUGGCGUCGAAAAUGAAAGGAAGUGGGAAUAUCAGUGCUGUAGGAGGUAGUGGUUUGGCAGGUGGAGGAGGAGGACGGGUUUCUAUUAACAUUUUCAGCAGGCAUGACAAUCCGAAAAUUUAUGUUAAUGGAGGUAGAAGCCUUGGCUGCCCAGAGAAUAAUGGUGCUGCUGGGACUCUUUUUGAUGCAGUCCCUCGUAGUCUUAUUGUUGACAACCAGAACAUGUCAACACUAACUGAUACUCUUCUUUUAGAGUUCCCUUAUCAACCACUUUGGACAAAUGUUAUUGUGAAGAAUUCUGGCAAAGUUGUUGUUCCUUUGUUGUGGAGUCGCGUGCAGGUUCAAGGCCAGCUCAGUCUGUCAUGUGGUGGCGUGAUGACUUUUGGUCUUUUCCAUUAUCCCUACUCGGAGUUUGAGCUUAUGGCUGAAGAACUUCUAAUGAGCGACUCAAUCAUCAAGGUAUUUGGCGCCCUGCGGAUGUCGGUAAAGAUGUUUUUGAUGUGGAAUUCUAAAGUGACUAUUGAUGGGUCUGGGGAUGUCGCGACAUCAUUACUUGAGGCCAGCAAUUUGAUUGUUCUGCGGGAAUCUUCUGUUAUAAGCUCUAACGCUAACCUUGGAGUUCAUGGACAAGGUCUCCUAAAUUUAACUGGACCAGGGGAUAUAAUUGAAGCACAACGACUGAUCUUGUCCCUUUUCUACAGUGUCAAUGUUGGACCUGGAUCCGUUUUACGUGGUCCACUCAUAAAUGCAACAAAGGAUGAUAUGGCCCCUAAGCUUAAUUGUGAACUUCAAGAUUGUCCUGUUGAGUUAAUUCAUCCACCUGAAGAUUGUAAUGUGAACUCUACACUGUCUUUCACACUUCAGAUUUGUCGUGUUGAGGACAUAGGUAUUGCAGGGCUUGUACGAGGAACUGUGAUUCAUUUUCACAGGGCAAGAACUGUUGUCGUGUACUCAUCUGGCACAAUUAGUGCGUCUGCUUUAGGCUGCACAGAUGGGGUAGGUAGAGGAAACCUUUUAAGCAAUGGCAUUAGUGGUGGUGGAGGGCAUGGAGGUAGAGGUGGAGAUAGUUUUUUCAAUGGAACUUAUGUCAAAGGUGGCAUCACAUAUGGAAGUGCUGCUUUGCCGUGUUUGCCUGGCAGCGGCAGCGGUAAUCGCAGCAUGACAUCUUCAACUGCUGGUGGGGGUAUUAUAGUAAUGGGUUCUAUGGAGCAUUCCUUAACAAGUUUAUCAGUUUAUGGCUCAGUGAAAGCCGAUGGAGAAAGUUCUGGUGAAACAGAUAGAUGGGUUAAUUAUGCUAGUAUGAAUGGAGGUCCUGGUGGUGGAUCUGGGGGUACUAUUCUUUUAUUUUUGCACACACUCAUGGUAGGAAGGGGAUCUGUUAUUUCAAGUGUUGGUGGUCUUGGUAGUUUUAGCAGUGGCGGUGGAGGAGGGGGAAGGAUUCACUUCCAUUGGUCUGACAUUCCAACGGGGGAUGAGUAUUAUCCAAUUGCAAGUGUUACUGGAAAUAUAAGUUCAAGAGGAGGAAUUAGCCGAGGUCAAGGUUUUGCAGGGGAAAGUGGGACCAUCACCGGAAAAGAUUGCCCAAAAGGGCUCUAUGGGACUUUCUGUAAGGAAUGUCCUUUGGGAAGUUUCAAGAAUGUCAGUGGAUCCGAUGGUUCCCUUUGUCGUCCAUGCCCCUCGAAUGGGCUUCCUCGGCGUGCCAUAUAUCUUAGUGUUCGAGGUGGUGUUGCAGAAACUCCUUGUCCAUACAAGUGCAUAUCUGAUAGAUAUCAUAUGCCACACUGUUAUACAGCCCUGGAAGAGUUAAUAUAUACUUUUGGUGGACCUUGGUUAUUUGGUCUUGUUCUUUUCUGUCUUCUUGUCCUAUUAGCCCUAGUAUUGAGCGUCGCAAGGAUGAAAUUUGUUGGUACUGAUGAAUUACCUGGACCUGCUCCAACUCAGCACGGGUCUCAGAUUGAUCACUCAUUCCCCUUUCUCGAGUCCUUGAACGAGGUCAUGGAAACUAAUAGGGUGGAGGAGUCACAAAACCAUGUGCAUAGAAUGUAUUUCAUGGGUCCAAAUACUUUUAGUGAACCAUGGCAUCUUCCACACUCUCCACCAGAACAAGUAAUGGAGAUCGUGUACGAGGAUGCAUUUAAUAGAUUUGUUGAUGAGCUUAAUGCCUUGGCUUCUUAUCAAUGGUGGGAGGGAUCAAUAUAUAGCGUCCUAUUUAUUCUUGCAUAUCCCUUUGCAUGGUCAUGGCAGCAAUGGCGCAGGAGAAUGAAACUACAAAGACUGCGUGAAUUUGUCCGUUCAGAGUAUGAUCAUGCAUGUCUUCGAUCUUGCCGUUCACGUGCUCUGUAUGAAGGGCUGAAGGUGGCUGCAACACCAGAUUUAAUGUUGGGCUAUGUAGACUUCUAUUUGGGUGGAGAUGAAAAACGAGCUGAUCUUCCUCCCCGUCUACAUCAAAGGUUUCCCAUGUGUUUAAUCUUUGGAGGUGAUGGAAGUUACAUGUCUCCGUUUACGCUUCAUAGUGAUAAUGUGCUCACAAGCCUCAUGAGUCAGUCAGUACCCCCAACCAUAUGGUAUAGACUUGUUGCUGGACUGAAUGCACAAUUGCGUAUUGUUCGUCGGGGGCACCUAAAGAAAACACUUCUGCCCAUUAUCCGCUGGCUUGAAACUCAUGAAAAUCCUUUCCUAAGUAUGCAUGGUAUUUUGGUUGAACUUGCAUGGUUUCAGGCCACCGCAUCUGGUUAUUUCCAGCUUGGUCUUGUAGUAUAUGCUGCAGAAGAUGGACCUGAGGCUGCAGCAGUUGACCGUGUUGCAAGAACUGUAAAAACUGAACCACCAUUGAGAUUUAACAAUUUUCAUGGAGUUAACCAAGCGGACCAUUUGAAUGUUAGGGAGCCCCUUUUGAUGCGUAGAAGAAUAAAUGGUGGUACGCUGGAUCCUUAUAACUUGCAGACGCUUAAAGAUAAAAAAGAUAUACUCUACCCAUUAUCAUUUGUCGUGUAUAAUACAAAACCUGUUGGACACCAGGAUCUUGUCGGAUUGUUUAUCUCAAUAUUGCUCCUGGGCGAUUUUAGUUUAGUUCUGCUUACUUUGCUUCAGCUUUAUUCCUUUUCGUUGGUGGAUGUUUUCUUGGUUUUAUUUAUUCUUCCUUUGGGCAUACUAUCGCCAUUCCCUGCUGGAAUAAAUGCUCUUUUCAGUCACGGACCAAGAAGAUCAGCAGGCCUUGCACGUGUGUAUGCUCUAUGGAAUCUUACGUCCUUGAUUAAUGUUGUCAUGGCAUUCAUUUGUGGCUUUGUUCAUUAUAAAUCAUCUGCCAGAAAACACCAGAGCUUACAACCCUGGAAUCUUUCAACAGAUGAGAGCGGAUGGUGGUUAUUUCCACUGGUACUGGUGAUCUGUAAAUGCUUUCAGGCACGAUUGGUUGAUUGGCAUGUCGCUAAUUUAGAGAUCCAAGAUCGUUCAUUGUACAGUAAAGACCCUAAUAUUUUCUGGCAGUCAUGACAUAUUAAAGUUGCAGGUUAAAUCAGUGCUAGAUGCAGAAAAAUUUUACUUUUUGGUUUUUUUGUUUUUUUUUUGCCUCCAAAAGAAAAAAGAAAAAGAAAAUGUAAGGUCUAGAGAGGAGAGAGGAGAGUGGAUGGAGGGCCUUCAUUUUAUGCAUCAGGCCUUCCAUAAUAUAUUUAUAUUACUGUAGCCUGACUGUCUUAUGUACCUAAGAGUUACAGUUUUGUCAUAGAAUGUAAAUAUAAAGGUGGGGCUCACCCAUUUUUUAUAUGUAUAGCUUAAAUUUUCGAAUGUGCUGUAUAUUUCAUCAGAAGUUUAAAUUGUCAAA